CACCAGAGAGUCGAACCGGGUCAACCACCAUGAAUAAACGCAAUUCAUCCUCCUCCAUAUAACACAAUUCAUCCUCAUCGCCACAUCGCCACCUCUCCCAAAUGAACUUGAUAGAAUCGCAAACACGUACACAAUGAGAAACAGAAUGAUCUCUUGCUCGUCCCUCUGCGGAUUCCUGCUCAUUACAGCCGCCCUCACUUCAACUCUCUUCCUACCCUCUAAAACAACUCUGGCUGCCCGUGAACUCGCAGAUUACUACCCAUCAGACGACGACAAGGAGCAAAGCAAAGGGCUUGUCACGGGAAGCCACUCGACCAACUCCGGUUCGGCGACCGGAGACAGCUCAGCCUCCUCCACGUUCCAGGACCCGCCGCCGACGAGUCGUAUUAUUAACAAUCUGAAUGGGCCGCCGAGCUUUUCGCCGUCCAACUUUGAGAACGAUUCCACCACCGCCGCCACCACGACUAUGCCUAGUAGCGGCGGUGGUGGAUACUCGGGUCAACGACCGCAAGGUUAUCAAUACGAAUCGUACAGGUCGUCGUCGUCGUCGUAUCAGAGUAAUAGUAGUAAUAGUGUUUUUAGAAACGCUGAGACGACGCAGGCGUCGUCGACGAGGACUGUGACGUAUGGAUCUGGCGGCGUCACUCGUGUUACGGUUGUUUGUAAUAGUAACAAUGAGGCGCCACGUGGUUGUGAGGAGGAGGAGGAGGGAGCCAACAGUUACCCGUAAACCUAUCAUCAGCCGUACAGCAAACAACCAGCUCUGUGGCUAGCUAGCAGCCAUUAAAAUUACCAGCUAGCUAGCUAGCUAGUCCACCGCUGGAGUAACUUAAUUUGUCUUUACUUAUGAAUCCAGUUUCAAUGUAAUCGCAUGCACUUGUCUUGGGGUGAUGAUACACGCGCGUAAGGCUGUAUGUAUAGUUAUCCCCUUUCUAGCUAAUUGAGUUUAGCUGUACGUAA